GAAGUUAAAAAAUCAGCUUGGACUAAUGGGAUUGAAACCAUCCAAUUUGAACAUUCCUGCUUGAUUCUUAGAAUCGUUUUACACCACCACAAAAUUCACCACAAUGAAUAAGUACAAGGUUUUGGACUUUUGCCCAGGUUAUUUAAAGAUCUGCUAACAAGCAUGAGGGUAGCUAGCUUUCUUCAAUGGCUUCCAAAAAUAUUGCCCUCCUCUUGUUUAUUGCUUUCCAUUUCCGCCUUUCGAACUCACAGACCUGGGUCAAAGCAGGUUAUUGGUACUCCGGUAAUGAAUCCCCAGUUCCUGAUAUAAACUCUGCUUUGUUUACUCACCUUCUCUGUGCUUUUGCUUGGCUCGACCCUUCUGCCUACCAGAUCUAUAUCUCCCCCUCUGAUGAACAAUACUUCAGGACCUUCACCAACAUAGUCAAAAAGAGGAAUCCAUCGAUCAUAACACUUCUAUCCAUCUGGGCAGGAAAAGAUGACUCGACAAAGUUUUCUUCAAUGAUCAGCCAGCCUUCAUACAGGAAGUCCUUCAUUGAAUCUUCAAUAAAAACAGCUAGGCUCUAUGGGUUCCAGGGUCUAGACCUUUGUGGUUAUUUGCCAAGAACAGUAUCCAACACGACCAACAUGGGAAUCCUCUUUGAUGAAUGGCGAGCAGCAGUAAAUUCUGAGUCAAGAGACCCUAGUGAGUCACCACUGAUUCUGACACUGGCCGUUCAUUACUUACCAACUCUUGGGUCAGUGAGUUAUGAGGUUGAUUCGAUACGAAGGAACUUGGAUUGGGUUCAUGUUGUGGCUUAUGACUAUUAUCUGCCUUCAAGUGUGAACUUCACACAUGCCCAUGCUGCUCUAUACGACCCAGUGAGUCGGGUUAAUACUGAUUUUGGUAUAGGGGAAUGGAUCGGCAGAGGGUUACCGGCUGGGAAGCUGGUUUUGGGUUUGGCGUACCAUGGGUAUGCAUGGACACUCUUGAACCGCAAGGAAAAUGGUAUUGGAGCACCUGCAUCAGGUUUGGCCAUGACACGAGACGGAUCUGUGAGCUAUAAAUACAUCAAAUGGUUCAUUCGAAGUUAUGGAUGUGCUUCUGUGUAUAAUGCUACAUAUGUAAUGAAUUACUGCAGCUUUGGAACAACAUGGAUUGUUUAUGAUGAUGUUGAGGCUAUAAGAACUAAGGUUUCUUAUGCAAAGGAUAAGGGGCUGCUUGGUUACAAUGUGUGGGAAGUCUCUCAUGAUGAGAAUUGGGUGCUGUCUCUGGCAGCUCAAGAUGAAGAUCAAGAUGAAGGAAACAAGCAGCGAUUGUUGGUAAUUAUUUUGCUUCCAAUUGCUAUAGUUGUUCUCCUAGUAAGUUCCAUAAUGUGUCAUCGAUGGAAAAGGAGACUAAUAUUCAAUAUAAAAGUCAUGAUGCAGACCACACUAGAGUCACUGCCUAUUAAACUGGGAAGCAAUAUAUCAUCUGCCAACAGUGAUGAUCCUAAUCUGCAAGUGUUCAGCUUCACUACUAUUAAAGUGGCUACGAAUAACUUUUCAAGUGAAAAUAAGCUUGGGGAGGGUGGAUUUGGACCUGUUUACAAGGGUAAAUUACCGGAAGGGCAGGAAAUAGCAGUGAAGAGACUUUCAAAAACUUCUCAUCAAGGGCAUGAGGAGUUCAAGAAUGAGGUUACACUCACUGCAAUACUACAGCAUGUGAAUCUUAUUAAACUUUUGGGUUUUUGCACCCAGAGGGAAGAGAAGAUGCUCAUCUACGAAUGCAUGCCAAACAAAAGCUUGGAUUUCUACCUGUUUGACCCAGAGGGACAGGUUCUCUUAGACUGGGGAAAACGCAUACACAUCAUUGAAGGGAUCACUCAGGGGCUUCUAUAUCUACAGGAGUACUCAAGACUAAGGAUAAUUCACAGAGAUUUGAAGGCUAGCAACAUUUUACUAGAUGGUGAAAUGAAGCCAAAGAUUGCAGAUUUUGGGAUAGCUAGAAUUUUCCAAAAAGAUGAGAAUGAAGCUAACACCGGCCGAAUUGUUGGGACAUAUGGCUAUGUCUCCCCUGAAUACGUGCAAAAGGGUACCUAUUCUGUGAAGUCUGAUGUUUAUAGCUUUGGAGUUCUCUUAUUACAAAUUAUCAGUGGCAAGAAGAAUAGAUGUUUCUAUGGUUUGGAUCAAAAUUUACACCUUCUUGAAUAUGCAUAUGAGCUAUGGAAGGAUGGUAAGAGCAUGGAGUUCAUGGAUCCAUCACUGGAUGAUGCAUGUUCUUCGUGUAAACUGACACGAUGCAUGCAAGUAGCACUGCUAUGCGUCCAGGAAAAUCCAGCCGAUAGACCGUCCAUGUUAGAAGUCGAUUGGAUGAUCAAAAAUGAAACUGCAGCCAUUGCUACUCCUAGAAGGCCUGCCUUUGCAGCAAAAAGAGAUGAAGUUGAGGCAGACGGUAAAUCUGCAUCGUGCCAUGAAAUUGGUUCGGUCAAUGUUACAACAAUCUCCCAAGUCUUGCCUCGCUGAGAACUUCAGUACUGAGGCAGAAAGGUUCUGAGUUUGAGUGGCACAGUGAACCCCAAUAGAGGCAUUUAUGUUAAUCAUGUACAUAUUACAACAAUUAUGAACACUAAAUUUUAACACAUGGGAAAACUCACAAAUGAAUGAAGAGAGCAUCGUUCACAAACGCAUUUCAAGUAAUUGGAGUAAAACCUGACCUAUCGCCCCUUUUGCUUUUCCCGUGAUAUGAACAUAGUUAAGUAAUCGGUGUUUUAUAAGACCAUAAUGAAAAUACAAUUUUUGUUUU